AUGGAGCCUGCCUCCGAGCCUGACCGGCCACAGUGGCAGGCAGCACUCGUCCCGCUUACAGUGGGGACCGAAGUGGAGGUGAUCGACGGUCACAGACGUCAUCUCGUCGGUCGCCGAGGGAUUGUGCUCCCUACCUUGGAGUGUGACCGCAACACUACGCGGAAUGUGCGGAUCAUACAAGGCCCUCGGGAUGAACAACGUCGUAUUUUUACAAUCGACAAGGAGCACCUCGCUCCCCGACUGGGGUUGGAAGCCACACAAGCUUCCAUGUGUGAUGGAAUGGAGCCGAGUCUGAGGUGGAGAUGUGCUCCCCCACCAUUAACCAUUUACAGCGCCCGAUACCUCCUCGGCUAUCAGGCCCUGGAGACCAUGGUGCCUCCGGCGGCACCCAAACGGAAUCCAGCUGGCCACUAUAUCCAUCCCCCGGUGGACGAUGCUACGCUUGAGGCACCCUGGGAAAAACACGUUGACCAAGCUAGCGAUCGGCCCUACUACUAUCACCCGGGGACAAAGCAGGUGACCUGGCGCAAACCUCGGCCUGCCCUGGUUCUUCCGAGGGAAGAGGAGACUGGGCCCACCAAGCCCAGGCGAGGCAAGACUGCGAUACCACAACCUCGUACUCCUAGUCCGCCUCCUCCCAAGAGGAUGCGAAAGCAUCCCACCAGCGAUGCUCAGCAGAACACCACGAGCUCUACGACCCAGUCGUCAGCUUCUGCCACAGCUACAGGGACACCUACUACAGAGAGGAAGCCCGCUCCGGCCUUUGAUCCCCAAUCUUCUGGUGGCCCUUCUGAAUGGAACCUGGCCGAUCAUGCUUUACCUGCCUCUCCAGAUCGGGUACUGAUCUGGGGGACCAAGGCCAGGACACAGCUGCCCCAACCGCCGAGUGCUCCUGCUUGUACCCUGGAUGUGGAAAGGUUUCUGCAGAGCUUCUUCAGGACACGGCAAGGCCCCACUGGCACACCUCUUGCCACCCUACUUGGGGACCCAGUCCCGCAACCUGAUGGUUGGUGGAGGCUCCCGUGGACACCACUGGAUCCAUCGCACUGCGAGCUGCUGUGUCAGGAUGGCUGGCUAAGGGGCUGGCACGGAUGUAAGAUGGAGGCGCUAUACUCCAUCAUCUACCAUGGCCAACUUCUCCCGAGCACUGACGAGUCGAAAGGCGACAGAUUCCUGGCAGGCUGUCCAGGGGUGUAUCUGCACCGCGACAGCCUGCAACACAAGGUGGAGAACUACAUGCGAUGGAUACCACUAUGUGGAGAUGGUCUCUUUUGGGCUGCCAAGUGGGAGGUGGUGUAUGCUCCCUCGGGGAGCAACAAACAUGGCAAGCGUACUGAUCAGGUUAUACAAAGUGCAGAGUCGGUGGAGCUGGUGGCCCUCUGGCUCUCAGUGCGCUCCGAGAACAUGCUGCCUGAGGGAACUGCUGUGCAGGCCACAUGGACGCCCGCCCGUGAGGCCAACCCUUGCCUCACAGAGUCCAAGCGACGAAGCAGUGCUUUGAUACAGGCUGUGGACUUCGCGGCACUUUCUGCCUCCUCCAGACCUUUGCCCAGCUCCAGUUCGCGGUCUGACCCGGCGAUCGACGACAAAGGCCGACUCAAGCCGACACCCAAAGCACAUGGUCGCCUGCCACACAUCCCUUCUGAACUAGAGAAGGACUGCACACCUGCACAAGCGAAGCUCACCAUACAGGCAGGAGAUCUCGUCCUUCGAUCGGCUACAGCACAUAGCUCGGAGACUCCCAAUGCUCCGACCAAGGUUUCGGCUGCUACCUUGGCCGACCCAUCAGAUCCACCUCAACGAGGACCCAAACGGGUUCGAUCUGAUGCUUCCUCUCCGAAGCCAAGGAGGAUGCAGACACGGCCCAAGCCGAGACGAUCGAUUUGGUUUGAUGUCACGGACAAUCCGGCCGAUCAACCACUUACGACCUCCUCAACUGCAGCCAAAGGCCGUGGCACCGGGAUGACCAAAGCUGCGAGGCACCAAGAACGUGUCCGCAAGAAGAUGGCCAAGAAAAUGGAAGAAAUCUUCCAGGCCAAUAGAGGGUGGCCAGACGCUUUCCUGACUGACAGACCUGAACAUUGCCUGGUGUCUGUCUUCGCCAUUGGGCGCAGGCCAGUGGAUCGAGCAGACAUCACCUCGAGAUAUGUUCCUGUCCAAUUUGUGCAGGACAUCCCGGGCACGUGGCUGGCCUAUCGUCUGGCGGCGAGACCGCUCCGCCUGGGACUGGCUGCCUGGAGACUUGGUGGAUAUCACCUGCCACUGAAGGCCAGCAUCCCGCUUCAGCGACAGCAUCGGCUGGCACUAUGGCAAACACCGCCCAUGCAGGAUGGUAUUCGCUCCAUGUGGCAGGCCUACCGAGUCUGGAAGACAGCCAAAGCUCAAGCUCAGCAUAAUCCGCUUUAUGUUUCCAGGUGCUACCAUCACUUCAAGACGGCACACAAGGCCUUUCGUCGUGCCGGGAAAGAAGCCAAAAAGCACUGGUUCCAUGGCAGGCUACAGGAACUCCAGACUGCUGCCAGUUCAGGCGACUCUCGCAAGCUAUAUGCUGGCAUUCGUACCUUAGCUCCCAAAUCCUCCAAGCCGAAGGUUCAACUGCGAGAUUCUGGCGGACACCUGCAGGAUCCCAAGACCCAGCUAAAACAGCUGGAAACGCACUAUCGCAAAUUGUAUGCUGCGGACGAGGAUGGCAGCAUACAGGGCCCCCAGCGACAGCCCAUUCACAUUGAAGUCACGGAGGCCGAAAUGACCCUGGCUGACCUCGGACCUUGUUGCGCCUCUCUUGUGCCAAUGGUGCCAGCAAUGGCCUCAAAUACCAGAGCUUUGGAGAAGCGCAUGGUUGCGAAAUUGCGCCCCUACGCCGAGAGAUUCCUUGCAGACCAGGCACAAUUUGCAUAUCUGCCAGGUGCACAACUAUCGCUGGACCUGUCCAGUGCUUUUGAUCUCAUGGACUGGCGCCUGCUGGACAAGGCUUUACUAGCGUCCGAAGUUCCGGCUGAGCUCAGACACCAAAUCAUGUCCUGGCACUCUGAAAUCUCCUAUGUCCUUACUCACCUUGGGCACACUGCCAAGGUGGAGGCCCAAAGAGGACUUAGACAAGGGUGUAAACUGGCUCCGUUGCUCUGGACACUCGCCCUAGCACAGAUAUAUCGUGAGAUCCUUGCUGAGGGGGACCCGCUUCUCACAGCACCUUGGCUAGAGCAAUGCUCCACGAUUUAUGCUGAUGACAUACACCUCAAGGAUACUGUGCAGAACACUCGUGAGCUGGACGACAUGGUGCAUCGCUUUAGUAAGAUCCUCGAUGCCCUUGCGGCCCAUGGUAUGGUCAUCAACUCGGCCAAAUCAGCAUUGCUACUGAGACACAAGGGCAGUUUCAUCAGAGGCUGGCUGCGCCGACACCUCAUACCCAAACCCGAGGGGGACCUCCUACGUUUUCGCAGUCCACGGGGAACAGUGUAUGAAAUUCCAUUGCGUGACCAUCACACGUACUUAGGCAUACGCAUCUCCUACCAUUCACAGGCCAAACAAGCAGUCACCUAUCGGCUGCAGGCUGCGAAUCAGGCUUGGCAAAGACUCCGUGGUGUACUGUGCUCCACCAGGCAUCUCGCUCAGACGCAUCGUCUCAGUCUAUGGAAAUCCACAGUGCUUCCCACGCUGCUCUAUGGCAUCGCAGCAUCCAACCCAGGUGCCAAGGACAUCCAGCGAAUGCAGCACAUGAUGACCAAGCAGGUUCGAGCCAUCACACGAUCCUUUGCACAUCUUCAGAAAGAAUCCACACAGGACCUUCUACACAGAUGCUCUUUGUCCACCAUUUUGGAGUGGAAUCAGCUCGAGACACUGCCGCUACACUUCACCUCCAAGUGCAACGCCAAUGGCAGGUCCCUCUUGGGGACACAGAAGGCAUCACAGAUCCUGCUGUACAUCAGUGCCAGGAAUGUCAUCGGGUCUUUACCUCCUUUCGGUAUGCACAUGGAACAGAAGGACUUCCAACGUGCAGACACUGUGCCCAUCCCUUUCGACAAUGGGAUCUCUCUCCGGGGACCCACAUCCUGUCAGACGAUCAGGAUAGCUCCACUUCGCCGAGCCACGAGGUGGACUGACCUCCUUGUGAAACCGGAGACCUACUCGUAUCUCCAGCACCACUGCCCGCUGUGUUACCAGUGGCUAUGCACCAUGACACUCUGCGCGGAUCCCAUGGAGCUGGACGAGCAGGAGAAGCAAUUUUGGGCCCAUGCCGGUCCGGUCAAACGGGACCGGAACAAAGGCAAGGGCAAGGGUACCAAGGGCAAAGGCAAGGGAAAGCAGGGCCUACCAAGUCCAUCCAGUGCCAACCAGGACCUGCAGCCACUGGGAAAUCACGAUCCAGACUGGAUGGAGUACAGGAUGAAUCGACUAUCCCAGCUGGUCCUUCGUCAGGAGCAAAUCAUCUCAGCCAUCCGUCAGGAUCUGGUCCUCUACCUCUUUGUACGAUCAGGGCCAGAAGGGAUGGUACCGGUUCUCUGCGAAGCAGCGGAGAAGUGGAGGAAGAUGAAAGAGGAAGAACCCGAGAAGAUUACUUACUCCCUCAAACUCAUGCUCUUCAAGCAGCUGCUCAUCACCUUACACCAGAGGUUGACCAACAUGAUUGCGGACGAGGAUGCUCUCGCCAAAGCCAAGAACCUGAACUGGAUCGACGAUCAGAAACAUUGGAAACAUCUUACAUGGAAUCCUACCAAACAAUGUCUGGAAGUCGACAACUCGGUGAGGCCAAUACCGGCGGAAGAUCUGUUGGCCCAACUGGUUCAGAUGAGGAAGGCUGUUACGGAAGAGACCCUGGUGAGGUUCAAGUCCAUGAGGAAGCUCACCACGGAGGUGACCUCCGACUGGAUUCAAUUCCAGAUCUGCAUGUCCCUUCGCCCAGAGGGAGGAGCCAUGUGGAGCACGCUGAACCAGUGGAUCGGACAAGCAUCGUGGCACACCCUGGGCUGCAGGCUUCGCCGCGAUCGGCCGAACUACGACACCCUGGUCCAGGAAGUGUGGCAACAUCAGUACUCCACUCGGUACCGUGGCUUAUGCUGCUGCAAGCUUGGCCUUCUGUGCAUCGUCAGCACGAUGCAGCUGAACUGCUACAAUACCUUCUACCCAGGUAUUGCCACUCUUGACAAGGGGCCUACCCAAGCUCCCAUUCCGAUUGCGCUGCCGGUAGGUCCAAGUCUGGAGCUCCAAGCAGCCAUUGAUGGGUGGAGUGCUCAGGUUACAGCCCGCUAUGCACUGCUGAAUCCGUCUCCCAUGCUCUGUAUACAACUCCAACGCUUCACAAAUGCCGAGGGAGUUAUGCGCAGGGACACCAGACCACUGGUCGUGGCCUCGACUACAGUUCGUAUGCCACUCUUUACAGGUCUGCACACUAUGCAAGUUCGCUAUGUUCACUACCAGGUUGUCGCUGUACAGCUUCACUACGGGGGUGCGAAGGAAGAGAAACAGCACAUCAGUCAGCACAAGCAGGACAAGAAACGAAAGCGCGGUGCUGGAGCUUCUGGUGGGGGCUCUUCCAAAGCCAAGGCCCCACGACUUCUAACUGAAGGCACUGCUGACCAUGAAGCAACUGAUGACGUGAUAGAGGAAGAUGCAGCUUCAAUUGCCAGUGAUGGUUCAAAUCCAGAGUCCGAGGAUGAUGCUCCUGUGCCACCCUGGAUCGUGAAACAAAUUGAGGAGGCAGAGGACGCAGUGCCCAAAGCCAAAGCCAGGCUUGCAGGGCAGAAGAAGGGUCGCAGCCAGCAGCUUACGUUUGCAAGAAGGGUGAGAGAUCAGUCACGGCCCGAGACAAUGACAAGCCAGGCAGCAUCUUCCGCUGACCAUGUCGAGGUUGUUGCCCCUGCUCCGGUUGAAGCCACAUCUGACACCGCAGCUGCCGGGACUGGAAGACGAAACUUGGGCACGGCUCUGGUGUGGCAGCCAGUCUUGUGUCCUCACUGCAGAAAGGAGGCCGGCCGGUGGAAAUUGAAUCAUAGCCCAGGUCAGCGAGAUCCGGCUACGUACCACAUGACUACUCGGUUGUGUGAUGGCUCCUAUGCAUCUGCAGGUGAAACUUACAAAACACGGCGGCAGCAUCUGACUUCUGAAGAGAAAGUUCGGCAAUGGAUUCUGCUGAACAAGGUUUUUUGCAAGUGUCCAGUGGCGGCUUCGUCAAGGUCAUAG